CUUUCCUUCCCUGGAAGGCAAAAGAGCCUGCAAAAGAAUUCCCGAAAAAAAAAAAAAAAAACAGACCCAAAAAAACCCCACUUCCAAUGUUUUAGUGUGUCCAAAGAAAAUAGGGAAUAAAUGGGGUUUAUGAACAUCCUCAGGAGUUCACUGGCCACAGGGAAAAUCGGGAAUAACUGGGAUUCAUUCCCGUUUUUCUGGCUCUGGCGGUUUUCCAUGGGUGGGAGUGAGGAUUCCUGCUGUUCCAGAGGGUUGGGAAAGGUUUUCAGGGGUGGAUCAGGAUGAAAGACAAGGAGCCCGAGAUAACAGUGAGCGCUUUCCCUGGCAGGAAUUUCCCUGGAAAUGAGGAAUUUCCCUGGAAUUCUCUCCUUGCACCUAAAUCCCGGGCAGAUGUUUCCCGCUGGGCUCUGGCUCUAGGAUGUUGGAGAACCGAGAGGAAGGAAGCAGGGCCGGGUGGAUCCCUGACCCCGAUCCCGGUGUCCCGCAGGAGCUGACCACGGUGCGGGUGCAGGAUCCGCGCGUGCAGAACGAGGGCUCCUGGAAUUCCUACGUGGAUUACAAGAUCUUCCUGCACACCAACAGCAAGGCCUUCACCGCCAAGACCUCGUGCGUGCGGCGCCGCUACCGCGAGUUCGUGUGGCUGCGGCGGCAGCUCCAGCGCAACGCCGGCCUGGUGCCGGUGCCGGAGCUGCCGGGAAAAUCCGCGUUUUUCGUGGGAAGCACGGAUGAGUUCAUCGAGAGGCGGCGGCGGGGGCUGCAGCGCUUCCUGGAGAGGGUGGUGCAGAGCGCCGUGCUGCUCUCCGACAGCCGCCUGCACCUGUUCCUGCAGAGCCAGCUGCCCGUGCCGGCCAUCGAGGCCUGCGUGCAGGGCCGGGGCCCGCACUCCGUCACCGAGGCCAUCCUGCACUACGCCAUGGCCGGCGGCACCUGGGCACAGCGCGGGGACAGUGCGGGGCUGGCCGCUGCCAGCUGUGCCGGCCCGGGGAGCGCCCAGGGCUUCCUGGAGAGCUUCCCCUACUGGAGUGACUUCGGCACGGCCGAGGCACGGCCGGAGAGCCCGGAGAGUCCGGCCGGACACCGAGUGACCCCUCUGGACAUCCCAGAGAGUCCGGCCGGACACCGAGUGACCCCUCUGGACAUCCCAGAGAGUCCGGCCGGACACCGAGUGACCCCUCUGGACAGCCCAGAGUGUCCGGCCGGACACAGAGUGACCCCUCUGGACAUCCCAGAGAGUCCGGCCGGACACGGAGUGACCCCUCUGGACAGCCCAGAGUGUCCAGCUGGACAUGGACUGACCCCUCUGGACAAGCUAGAGGAGCCCCGGGAUGUCCGGCCGGACAUGGAGUGACCCCUAAGGAGAGCCUGGGAUUCCCGGAAUUCCCAGCUGGACACUGAGUGACCCCUCUGGACACCCCCAGGCCCCGCAGCCCUCGCUGGGAGAGGGAUCAGCGCGGAGCCACUGGGAUGGUUGAACUGGUUGGACUGGGAGCACUGGGAAUGCGGCCCCAGCCGUGGCCGAGCUCUUUCCCAGCACAUUCCUGAUAUUCCCUGAUAUUCCCAGCAGUGUUUUCCUCACUCUGCUCCUGCUCAAAUCCCUCUGGAAUCCCCAAACUGUGCUCAAAUCCCUAAACUGGGCUCAAAUCCCCCUGGAAUUCCCAAACUGGGCUCAGAUCCCUCUGGAAUUCCCAAACUGUGACAAUCGGAACCGAGCUUCCCGCCGGGCAAAGGGAGGGAUGGGGCUGGAGUUUGUGUCCCAUUCCCGCUGGAAUUCCAGGGAUUUCUGGAAAAGCAGGAGCAGCUGGGGUGGUUUUGGUGUCUUCCCCUCCCUCAGCACUUGGUGUGGGCAGGAAAUAAAGGUAAAAAUAAAUAAAAAUAAAAUUAAUAAAGUUCA